AUGAUGAAUAGUCCACCUACUACUAGACUGAUUGUCGACAACAAAUCAUCAAACACCCGUAUACUUCGUCAAUAUAGCAGUAAUAAUAAUUGUACAUUUACUUUGUUAAGUGAUGAUGAGAAUGAGAAUGUAUAUCCGCAAACAAACAUUGCUACCGAUAAAUCCCUAAACUUCGGUGAUGAUGUAAACACUAGUGAUGAAGACGAACCAGAUGUGAAUUUUAAAAAAGUUGGAAGCGAACGAAGUUUGCCAUUUACGGUAGUGACUGAUAUUAAU